GUUUAGGCGGAAUCUGCAGCUAGAAGGCGGUGUUUUUUGUAACCGGACUUACAGUACGGGGCGGGGCUCCGGGAGACGACGUGUGACGUCAUCACGCAGUGAAGGAGGACGCCCCGGAGCAUGGGUCGGAAGCGGUGCGUGGGAGAUUGUUCCAAGAUGGCGGCGGGCUGCUGCGGGGUGAAGAAGCAGAAACUCUCCAGCUCUCCGCCUUCUGGAUCAGGGGGUCCGGGCGGCCCGCACUGUAGUGGGGAGAGCCAGUGCCGCGGGGCCGAGCUGGGGCUAGGAGGCUCAGGAAGCGGGCCUGGGGGAAGCAGCCGAGUGAACGGCCUGGGCUGUAAUAACAGCCUUUCACCGGGCUGCGGGACUCUCUCCCCGGGCUGUGGCUCCAGCCUCAGCCCCGGCUCUCGGAAGAUGGUGGUGUCCGCCGAGAUGUGCUGCUUCUGCUUCGACGUUUUGUAUUGUCACCUGUAUGGGUACCAACCACCCCGCACACCUCGUUUCACCAAUGAUCCAUACCCGUUGUUUGUAACAUGGAAGAUUGGACGGGAUAAGAGACUGCGUGGCUGCAUAGGAACCUUUUCUGCCAUGAACUUGCAUUCUGGUCUCAGGGAGUACACACUUACCAGUGCCCUUAAAGAUAGCCGUUUUCCCCCAAUGACGAGGGAUGAGCUGCCCCGGCUAUUCUGCUCAGUAUCUCUACUUACAAACUUUGAGGAUGUAUGUGAUUACUUGGACUGGGAGGUGGGUGUACAUGGCAUUAGAAUAGAAUUCAUCAAUGAAAAAGGAUCCAAACGAACCGCCACGUACUUACCGGAGGUUGCAAAGGAGCAAGGUUGGGACCACAUACAGACCAUAGAUUCCUUAUUGAGAAAAGGUGGAUAUAAAGCUGCAAUCAGUAAUGACUUCAGGAAAACUAUUAAACUGACCAGAUACCGUAGUGAGAAGAUGACUAUGAGUUAUGCUGAAUACCUUUCCCACCGUCAGCACCAUCAUUUUCAAAAUGGCAUCGGGCACCCUCUCCCACCCUACAACCAUUAUUCCUGACACUGAGCCGCAUGACCAGUCACUAGACCUCUCAGCAGAACUCUUCCCAGGGGACCCGGCUCCCUCUUGGUCUAGCUAUCUCUAUUACUGUACCAUUUUAUGAUGAUUGUUUCCGUUGUCCUGUUCCAGCUUUGCCUCUUGUGGUGAUGCUUAUCAGGGCAACGGGUGGGAAGACUCUUUGAUAAGUACCCAGAAAACAUUUUUAUUAGGAUUAUUUUGAGCUACUGAGGUUGUGUUUUUUGCAGCAGCAGCAUUUAUGCUUUUUCUGUUUCACAUGAUGCUAGCCUUAUCUUGUAUUGCUUUUUUCUAUAUUUGUGGAUGGAAGGAAGGCUUGACUUAUUGGGGAUCUGUGAUUGGCACACAAAUCAUUGGGAAGUCUCGGUUAGUGGAAGUCUCAGAGCCUAUGAGUGUUGUACAUGUCAGAAGGGUGAGAGGCACUAGCAUUAACUACAUGGCACUGCACCUUCUCUGGCAGUCCUAGUGUCCCACCAUGUCCUGCAUUUGUCUCAUCCCUUUGGCCAUUGGCAUUUUCACUGAUUUACCUGCAGCUUUUACCCAGCCCUUAAUCACUGUAUGCCAGAUCAUCCUUGUGGGCUUGUAUUUCAGAUUUCAGAUGCACGCGUAACCAAAACCAAUCUCUAUAUCAGCCUACAGCUGAAGGCAUGAUAAGACAGUAUAAAAGUCCCAACUGAAAUGUUUCAUCUGUAUAAGGUGAAUAUUUUAACCACUACCUCAUGAUUAACUUGCAGUGUUAGAUAAGUCCUUACAUGUGUUUGGUUACCUUAAAAUACUUGCUACCAAUGUUCUUUAGGUAGAGUCUGAUCUGCCUGGACUUUUGCUUCCCACCAUAUCCCCUACAUUCUCCACCAUGGCCCUGCAGUACAUCAGCUCCCAAUGUAGCCACUUGCUUUGUUGUUGGAGCUGAACCCACCAUUAGGUAAGGGCAGUUCUACAGAUGGGGCAUAUAUUCUUGGGUCAGCUUUGGGCAGUUGUCUGUCCCUGUGCGGAACAUCAAUGUGCGCCAGAACAAGGGAACUAAAUCCAAAGCUGCCACGGCUAGAGGAUUGCCUUCCAUCCCAGGCAUUGUCUUUCAGUGUGUGUUAAGGCUUGGGCAGCCGCUCUUUGUUGUUUCGCUCUUCUGGUGAGCAUGAGCCAUAGAUUUUGCGGUGGCUGUCAGAAGUGAUGGAUUCCCAGGGUAAGCAUUGUAUAACCAAGGGAGCGGUUCAGUCCUCAUUCAUUCAGGUAAAGGUCACUUGGUUUUAUCCUCAAGUGCCAUUAUCCUAUUCAUAGCUUUACAGAUGUCUCAGGCAUGGAAAAGGCUGACUUCUGUUUGUCAUAACCCAUGGUGCUACUUAGUAGGUGUUUCAAUGGCAAAGCAUUUCAGGGGGGUGAGCAGGAGGCGGUUGCCGGGCAGUCAUACACAUUUCAUUGAUGGAACACCUCAAUUGGCUUGUACCCUGGUGUUUGCAAUCCAUUAUUCAAGAAGCUCAGAGCUAGAAUGGAGGGCAUUGUAUUGGGAUGCCCUGUGCACAGAAUGGAUGUUCUCUGUGGCAGCUGCUUACUGGGAAUAGUCUUUCACUUGCCAGUUUGGUAACCAUUGCCGCUAAAGGGCUCCUGUACUUAUGGCACUACUUCAGUUGUCAUCCUGAGCAGUAAAAUGGACUUUGGUUGGUUUGUUCUUCUGUGCGGAUGCCUUAAUUAAAACUUUCAUUGCCAGAAUGGGUUGCAGAGGAGCCAUUUGGAUAGCUGAACAAGGUUUAGCCAACACAGUAAGCGUUCAUCUCAUUCUGUGCUAGCGGCUCCCGGAUGCAUGGCGGUAGCCCCCGAGCCUAGUGUUGGCAAUUGGUGGCUUUGCACCAGUGUGUUAUUUUGCAUCCAUUAUACAAAGUGAGCACAAGCAAAUUCACGCCUUCUGCUGUUGCUGCAAAAAAAAAAAAAAA